UGGACUUUUCUUAAAGAAGGCCUCUUCUUCAGACUAUUGCUGUACCAGUCCUUGGACAUUUUAAACUAUGCAGUGGGGAACCCAACCCAUCAGGUGAUGGGAAUCCUGGGAGGAUCAGUCUUGUUUCCUGCCAACGUAUCUCAAGGAAUAACAGUGGAGAAAAUGGAAUGGGACUUUUACCCCCAAAGGGGUGGCCUGGGCUUGUGGCUGGGGGAAUUCAGUCAUGGGAAACUGGAGCACCCAAGUCCCACUGACCGGUUUGGACAACGGCUAGACAUGGUGGACAAGACAACACUGAGGAUCAAAGGCCUGGAGUUGGAUGACGGUGGAAUCUACAAUACUCGCAUCUGGUUUAAUAAGGCACAGUUUCAAGAACAGAGUUUCAGCCUCACUGUUUAUGAGCCAGUGCCAACCCCACAGAUACACCACCAAGUGGAAUCCAAGACUCCAGGUGGGUGUAAUGUGACCUUGCGAUGCCACACACCUGGAAGGGAAGAGCUCAGUAUCUCCUGGGAAACAGGGGAUCCACACAGGGCUUUGGGAAAGAGUGUGAAUCAGUACCAGGUUUCUGACAAUGGCCGGGAGCUCCGUGUCUUCUACUGGAGCAGUUCUUUCUACUCCAAAUUCACCUGCCUGGUCAGCAAUCCUGUUGACCAAAAGAGAGCCUCCUUUGACUUGCUCAGCAUCUGCCAGAGUGAUGAAGGUGAGCAAUAUAUCCUCUCCUUCAUUAUCCAGAGGAGGUGA